CGUCUGAUCCUUUUGCAGCCACAGUUUGUGGCCGCUGGGGGCAGCAGCUUCUGAGACGCAAGCGUAGAGGAAGUCGAUGUUUACGCGUCGUUGUAAACUACCGGGUCGGUGUUAGCGCCAGUAGUCAGGUUCUCGUCAGAGUGUUGGUGUCAAGAUGUGUGAUCAGAAGCAUGUCAGACAGCACGGUGAUAUGAUAAACAGUGACGAUGGCGACCAGCUGUCAGCCAGUGAUGAAUCUGAGCCUGAACAACAACCCAGCAGAGCUCCAUUUGACCCAGACCUAGACCACAGUGAUGAUGAUGAUGAUGAUGUGUGUGCACCAGCAGCUAUUCCCAUAUCUCAGAGUUCAUUCAGUCUGAGUGGAGGGACCUCAGCCUUCUCUGACCGCAGCCACAGUAUCUUUGACUGCCUAGACAGUAUUGGCAGGCAGACUUUCUCCUCUCUAAAUCAGAACACUGUUGCAGACGAAUCCUCACUUCACAGUCAAAACACAAGCCAUCCAUCAUCCAUCUGUCCCACACCACCAAAGAAGAGAUUAGUCCCAGACUACCUAGUGCAUCCUGAGCGCUGGACACAUUACAGUCUGGAGGAUGUGAAUGAGAGCAGCGAUCAGGAAAAUAGCAGGGUGGCUUAUCAGUUCCUGUCCAGCCUGGGGCAAGAGGCAAGAGGCAGUUCCCCUUGUGACCUCCAGCACAAGAUGAUCUUCAGACCCAAGCAACUGCCGAAGGAACAACCUAAUGAUCAGCUUUCUCUUGUGAGUGCAAAGGAGACAGGAAUGCAUCUCAGUCACCUACUGGAGGAGGAGGAGGACGAAGAGGCAGAAGGAAGGAAAACAGAAGAACAUCUAGCCAAAACUGAGAAAGGACAAAAAGGUGAAGAGAAGGACACGAGUGGAGCUAUGGGUCAAGGAGAGGAAAAGAAAGAGGUGCAAAAAGAAAAGAAGGUAGAAGAGUCCAGGUGCCAGUUCACCUCCUUCAGGAAUAUGAUGACUAAAAACUACAGGAAGCGUCCCGGCUGUGAGGACAACUGAUGACAGCAGUGACGUCCUCACCGUCAGCAGCUCAGUGUUUCAUCGUACGGUCAUAUGUGAACUGUACUCUUACUCCGCAUGCCUUAUCACCUGUGUUUGUUCUGUUUCAGCCAGCAGCGAUGUUCCAGAGUGCUUCACUUCAUACUUCAAGUUUCCUUAUUGUAGAAUUUUAGUUCCUGUUGUAUUUGGUAUUGUGAGAUAAAGUGUUGAAUUCAAAGGUUUUUGAGAAAAUAAGAAAUGGAAAGUUUUCCCAGUGAUAGUAAUUACUACCAUUAAAAACAAAUAAACACACCUUCAUCACCAGUUUCACCAACACAUUAAUGAAUGAGACAGGCAGUACACAAAAUGUAAAGAGAUGUUAAGUAAAAUGAAGGGUUUAUUAUUUGCUACAUCUUCCAAUUUGAAUAAACUGUCCUUUUUUUAAUUGAAGAAAUGGAUCCAAAUUACAAAUGUUUGGAUAAGUCAGUUUUAACCAUUGAUUUAACACUGUUGCCAUCUUCUGGAAUAAAACUGUUGUAAAGUUGUAAACUACUCGUCUAAAAUUGUGUGGCUCCUCCGGCUGCUGAAACAGCUCUGAGCCAGGGAGACCCGACUCUGCGAGACUUCUGAGAGUCCCCUGUGUUACAGAUCCUGUAAAUCCUGAUAUUUUAUAGGCAGGGCCCUCGUGGAUCAGACUCAUUCUUCCUGCAGACUAGACUGAACUGCGAUCUGGGGAUUUUGAAGGUCAAGUUAAUACUUUGCACUUAGUCAUAUUCUGUUACCAUCGGGCAUUCUCCUGCCUCGAUGGGGUACAUGUGGGCUGCAGGUAGUUCAACAUCGAGCAUGAAUAUCGUGACACGAGAACUUUAUGGGUUGAUUUUUUCUUAUAGGCAGUGUUCUAGCGUAUCCUCUCCUAGUCCUAAUGUAUAGUCCUCAGUGAAGAGGAAAAAACCACGACCAGGUGACCAAACCAGCUUUCUCCAUUGGCCCAUGGCCCAGUUCUGAGAUUCACUGCAGGUAAAUCCCUGCUUCCAACACAUUCACAUAAAGAAUUGUUUACCUUUGCCCUUUGACAGGUGGCCUAGUAAAAGACAGUCCGUGUUUAAUAGUACAUUUAUUUCAUUUUUUAGUGCCUCCAGUUUUGUGACUGAUGGUUGUAUUUCUAUUUCUAAUACAAAACCAACAAAUGUAGGGAUCUGAGCCAUGACCAGUUGUGAUAAGAACAAGUCCAUUACAAUUGAUAAAGAAAAUGCAUUUGUGGGUUGUGCCCAUGAAACACAGCCAAACAGCUUCUUCUGUUAUUGAAUCUUUUGAGCUUCUGGUACUCCAGGUGAUGAGAGUCACAUGGCUAAUUGGGGCCUAAUCAGCAGCACUUUUGGGUAUGGACUACUGCAGCGGUGUCUUCUCCAAGCAUGCUAUGUUUGACUGAUAUGGACGGGCUUGGUCCAAAAGAGCACGUCAGCAACAUGUCCACUGAACCUGAACAUGUGGGGGACAGUUAUUCUCAACGAUGAGUCCAGAUUCUGCCUACUUCACGUGUUCUGCUUCAUUAAUGAAUUCUCCAAUAAGAUAAGAUAAGAUAACCUUUAUUAGUCCCACACGUUGUUUGUUUCCCAAGCUAUGCAUUAGUAGAAAGAGAUUGAAAUCCUCCAACUAGCCACCUCCACAACACAGCUCAGAGAGGUUAAAAGGUCUUAAUAUCCAGCCUUAUGUGAGUAAAAAUGCUUUUCUCUUAUUUCCUAAUAAUAAAGCAUUUUUGGUCAAAUAUAAAUCAGAAUUAGUUUGAUUAAUAUAUAAAUAAGAAAUGUAGUUUGAGUAGUAGAAAUAACUGUUCUAAUGUCUGAGUUUGGUGGUGGUGGUGUGUGUGAAUCUGAAAGUUUUGUAAUUGUUUAACACAGAACUGUAAUUAUGGGUUUUGCUGAAAGUUGAUUCAUUUUGAGUGCAAAUAAAAAAAUAAAUAUGUUUAAGUUAAAUGUGGGACGACAGCU